AUGAAGACCGAGUCUCCGAGGCGAAGACCUGCAAAUCCUGCGACCAAUGCAGGAGCCGGAAAGUUCGCUGCAUCAUGCCCCCAGGGCAACGUUCCCGAUGCACCCACUGCAUUGCGUACGCCGAGGACAAAUAUCUCGGAAAGCAACCAUUCGACAGCUGUUCAUCGCCAUGGACCGCUCUUAGAGCCCUCCAAUGAGGAUAUACGCAAUCAACCGACGGUCCAACCGGUAUUUCUGGAUCAUAUGUUGGAAAAUCACGGUAGUAGUGGUAUGCUUCGGGAUAGCUUUGCUUUACUGAGAGCACCCGACCAUGGCGUGACUAGUUCCAGCCUUGCCUUUUUUUCCGAGCGCCGAAUCCACUCCUUAUCGCAACUUUUAGGGAAUGACAGGCUCAACGAGCUGGUGGAGACUAUAGAAUCUGUCAUUCGAUCGCGGCUUCUCGCUCAGGGCCCUUCCCCUAUAUCACUCGUCACUUUCAGAAAGCCAUCCGAUAUUGAAGAAGUCCCGCUAGACAAGGUCAAGUUAUACGUCGACUCUUACUUCGACCAACUUCACCCGAUUUACCCCUUUCUCUAUCGCAAAGAGUUCGAGGAUAAUAUAUUCGGGCCCAAUCGGGCUGAAAUCCUAGGUUCCAGCUGUGCGUUCUCGGCUCUGUACCACACCGUCCUGGCUCUGGGAUGCCAGUACCAUGAAGGUGGAGCGUUUGAUCCGGGGAAUGGCAGGGCGUGGAAGCUUUUCCAGGUGUCUUUAGGUCUUCUGUCGGAUAUAUUGAUACCGAGGGAAGCUUUGAUGAGUCUUCAAGCCUUGGUUGCCAUGUCGUUAUUCACCAUGACUACCUGCUGUCUUCAAAUCGACGAAAUCUUGCUCAUGGAAGCCGCUCGAAUGGCCCAAAGCCUCGGAUACCACAGAGCACUGGCCAAUGGGGAUGAGCGACACAAAUCAGCCUGUCACAGGACCUUCUGGGUAAUAUACUACCUGGAGAAGCAUACGUGUUUCCAGAACCAAAAAGGCUCGAUGAUCCCAGACUACGACAUCGGGUGUCCCAUCCCCGACGUCCCGGAAUCCAUCUUCGGAGAGUACAACUGGUUUUUGUCGGCCAUCGGCUUCGGGCGAAUUCUCUCACAGGCGUAUAAGUCUCUCUUCUCGGUGAGUGCCACAAUACAAACCAGGGAAGCGUACCACGUCGCGAUCGAGGAGAUUGAGACUCGGUUGGAACGAUGGCGAACGGCAGUGCCCGUGAACUUUCGACCCGGUAUGCCGUCUCAUGUGCCCAAUGUUCUUUCUUCUUCCUUCUCUGAGCCGGGCUUCAAGAUGAUCGUGCUCCAGACCAACUUUUCCUACUACGGUUUGAUCAUCGCUCUGGCGAGACUCAAGAUGCAUAUAGGCAGACAAGACCAGCCCCAACGACAGGAAGAGAGUAAGCGACUGCUGAUGGAUACAGCAAGGGCUGUCGUGGAGGGAAGCAAGAGUGUCGAGAUGGCUGCCCACACGCCGAAUUUCAUUCUUGCCGUUUUACCUCUCGCAGCAUUAUUCAUUCUGUUUGAUUUCGUCGUUCACAAUCCAGCGCAUCCGGAAACGCGGAACAACCUCUCACUGCUGGACGUAGCAGCGGGUCACUUCAGUCUGUUGGAUUACAAGUCCGGAGGGUUCCUCCCCGCAUCGCUUUUAACCGAAUUUGCACAUAUCGCACGGCAGUAUGUCAAAGACUUUAGUAGUAAUCAACAACAGCAACAACCACCACCUGGUGAACUGGCCUCGUCGAUCGCCGGAUCCACAUUGGAUGACACCGAGGUUUCCACACUGUUGAAUCAAACGAACAGCAAUAACAAUAACAAUGUCGACUUGCAGUAUAACAUGAUGGAGUCCUGGGAACCAAGUGACUAUCUGUACUAUCCUGUCACGCCGGAGAUGACCGUGCAUGACGUACCGGAGAAUCCCAUGACGGCUUCCUUUAAUAUCCAGAGCUUGUUUGGGUUUGUGGUUCCUCAGUCUGGACAUAGUCAGUAG